UGGUGGAAACUUGUUACAAGCAGCGACUAACAUGUGUUCCCAGAUAUGUGAGGAGACCUAGCCGGGAGAGGACGGAAGGGAGAAGCUGCCCACCAUGGAGAGAGUCGGGAAGGAUGCCAAGACCAACCCGGUGGCGACGGCGAACAUUUUGUCCAAGUUAUUUUUCUGGUGGCUAAACCCUUUGUUCAAAACUGGAUACAAGCGGCGGCUGGAGGAAGAUGACAUGUACAGGGUUCUUCCGGAGGACGGGUCUGAGAGACUGGGCCAGGAACUGCAGAGAUACUGGGACCACGAGCUCCAGAAAGCUGCCAAAGAGCUGCGGAAGCCGAGCCUCACAAAAGUCAUCGUCAAGUGCUACUGGAAAAUGUAUUCAAUAAUGGGACUCUUCACGCUAAUAGAGGAGACCAUUAAAGUGGUCCAGCCGGUCAUCUUGGGAAAGAUGAUUCGGUACUUUGAAGAUUAUGAUCCAAAUGAUACGGCCGGUUUACACGAGAGUCUGGGCUACGCAGCGGGGCUGUCGAUCUGCACCAUCGGCCUGGCGAUACUCCACCACCUCUACUUCUACCAUGUUCAGAGGACGGGCAUGAAGAUACGGGUGGCCAUGUGUCACGUCAUCUACAAGAAGGCUCUGAGUCUGAGCAGCUCAGCCAUGGGGAAGACGACCACCGGCCAGAUCGUCAACCUCCUCUCCAACGAUGUCAAUAAGUUUGACGAGGUGACCAUCUUCCUGCACUUCCUGUGGGUGGGGCCGCUGCAGGCGGCCGCCGUGGUGGGGCUGCUGUGGAUGGAGAUCGGUCCGUCCUGCCUGGCAGGAAUGGUGGUCCUCAUGUUCCUGAUGCCCACUCAGACCAUGUUUGGGAGACUCUUCUCCAAGUUCAGGAGUAAGACGGCCGUUCUCACCGACAGCAGAAUCCGCACAAUGAACGAGGUGGUAUCUGGAAUCAGGAUCAUCAAGAUGUACGCCUGGGAAAAACCGUUCGAUGCGCUGGUCUCUGAGGUCAGAAGGAAGGAGAUCUCCAAGAUCAUGAAGAGCUCCUACCUGCGAGGACUCAACAUGGCGUCCUUCUUCUGCGCCAGCAAGAUCAUCCUGUUCGUCACCUUCACCCUCUACGUCCUGCUGGGGAACCAGAUCGUGGCCAGCCGCGUGUUCGUCACCGUGUCGCUGUACACGGCCGUGCGCCUCACCGUCACGCUCUUCUUCCCCAGCGCCGUGGAGAAGCUGUUCGAGAGCCGCGUCAGCAUCCGUAGGAUUCAGGAGUUCCUGGUGUUGGAUGAGGUGGUAAAAACCAGCACGGCUGUGCAGCCGGACGACAGCAAGAGCCCCACCGUGGAGAUCCAGGACCUGACCUGCUACUGGGACAAGAGUUUGGAGGCUCCAUCUCUGCAUAACGUCUCUUUCAACCUGAGGUCCAAUCAGCUGCUGGCUGUGAUUGGACCAGUCGGCGCUGGGAAGUCGUCCCUGCUGAGCUCCAUCCUGGGGGAGCUUCCUGCUGAAAAGGGGGUGCUCAAGGUCAAAGGUCAGCUGACGUACGCCGCCCAGCAGCCCUGGGUGUUCCCCGGAACCAUCCGCAGCAACAUCCUGUUCGGGAAGGAGAUGAACCCGCAGAAGUACGAGAGGGUGAUCAGAGCCUGCGCUCUGAAGAGGGACUUGGAGCUGCUGCCGGACGGAGACAGGACUCUGAUCGGGGACCGGGGAGCCACGCUGAGCGGAGGACAGAAAGCUCGGGUCAACCUGGCCAGGGCCGUGUACCAGGACGCAGAGAUCUACCUGCUGGACGACCCCCUGAGUGCCGUGGACGCCGAGGUGGGGAGGCACCUGUUUGAGCAGUGCAUCUGCGGCCUGCUGAAGAACAAGCCCCGCGUCCUCGUCACCCACCAGCUGCAGUACCUGAAGGCGGCGGACCAGAUCAUCGUCCUCAAGGAGGGUCACAUGGUCGCUAAGGGAACGUACGCGGAGCUGCAGCGCUCCGGAGUGGACUUCACCUCCCUGCUGAAGGAGGAGGAGGAGCAGCAGCAGCUGCAGCCCCCCCCAGACGCCCUCCCCAGGACCAGAACCCUGUCCCAGACGUCAGCGCUCUCACAGACCUCCUCGGCCCAGUCGGUCAAAGAUGGAGACCACCUGCCGGUUGAGGCCGUGCAGACGGUGACGGAGGAGAGCCGGGCCCAGGGGAACAUCGGCCUGAGUCUGUACUACAAAUACCUGCGGGCCGGCAACGUGCUGAUGCUGCUGCUGGUCCUGCUGAUCAACAUCCUGGCUCAGGUAGCCUACAUCAUGCAGGACUGGUGGCUGGCCUACUGGUAAACCGAGCAGGAAAAGCUGUCGAGCAUCAACGCCACCACCACGGCCAGCAUCAACGCCACAAACGCCGCCGCCAGCAGCAACGUCACUAGAGAGCUGGACUUGUCCUUCUACCUGGGCAUUUAUGGAGGUCUGACUGCAGCCACCAUCGUGUUCGGUUUCCUGAGGAACCUCCUGCUGUUUGACCUGCUGGUCCGGGCCACGCAGGUGCUGCACAACCGCAUGUUCACCGCCAUCCUCAGGACGCCCGUGCGCUUCUUCGACAUCAACCCCAUCGGACGAGUGUUGAACAGGUUCUCCAAGGACGUGGGCAGCUGGACUCCAACCAUGCCCUGGACGUUUGUGGACUUCAUUCAGGUGUUCCUGCAGAUCCUGGGCGUGAUCGCCGUGGCGUCCUCCGAUCCCUGGAUCCUGAUCCCGGUGCUGCCACUGCUCGGCAUCUUCCUGUACCUGCGCCGCUACUUCCUGCAGACGUCCAGGGACGUGAAGCGCCUGGAGUCCACCACUCGCAGCCCCGUCUUCUCCCACCUGUCCUCGUCCCUCCAGGGCCUGUGGACCAUCCGAGCCUUCGGCGCCGAGGAGAGGUUCAUGAAGUCUUAUCAGGACCUGCAUUCAGAGGCCUGGUUCCUGUUCCUGACAACCUCCCGCUGGUUCGCCGUCCGGCUCGACGGCAUCUGCUCCAUCUUCGUCACCGUCACCACGUUCGGCUGCCUGCUGCUCCGAGACCAGCUGGACGCUGGUUCUGUCGGCCUGGCUCUGUCUUACUCGGUCACGCUGAUGGGAAUGUUCCAGUGGGGGGUCCGGCAGAGCGCCGAGGUGGAGAAUAUGAUGACGUCGGUGGAGCGGGUGGUGGAGUACACGGAGCUGGAGAGCGAAGCCCCCUGGGAGACGCAGAAGCGCCCGCCCCCCGACUGGCCCAGCAAAGGCCUGGUGACCUUCGACCAAGUCAGCUUCUCCUACAGCGCCGACGGCCCGCCGGUGCUGAAGGACCUGAAGGCCACGUUCAGGCCCAAGGAGAAGGUCGGCAUCGUGGGCAGAACCGGCGCCGGGAAGAGCUCCCUGGUCUCGGCUCUGUUCCGGCUGGCCGAGCCUCAGGGGAAGAUCCACAUCGACGGGGUCGUGACCUCGGACAUCGGCCUCCACGACCUUCGUCAGAAGAUGUCCAUCAUUCCUCAGGACCCGGUGUUGUUUACUGGCUCCAUGAGGAAGAACCUGGACCCGUUUAGCGAGCACACGGAUGAAGAGCUGUGGAACUCCCUGCGGGAGGUGCAGCUGAAGGCGGUGGUGGAGGAGCUGCCCGGGAAGCUGGAGACGGUUUUGGCCGAGUCGGGCUCCAACUUCAGCGUGGGUCAGAGGCAGCUGGUGUGUCUGGCCCGAGCCGUCCUGAGGAAGAACCGCAUCCUCAUCAUCGACGAGGCUACGGCCAACGUGGACCCCCGGACGGACGAGCUGAUCCAGAAGACCAUCCGGGACAAGUUCCGGGAGUGCACGGUUCUCACCAUCGCUCACCGACUCAACACCAUCAUCGACAGCGACCGCAUCCUGGUCCUUGACGGCGGGAGAAUUCACGCCUACGACGAGCCCUACGUGCUGCUGCAGGACCCCGACACCAUCUUCUACAAGAUGGUUCAGCAGACGGGCAAACAGGAGGCGGCCGCCCUGCUGGAAGCAGCCAAGCAGGCUUACCACGGCAGGAGUCGGCCCAGCGGACAAGACCACAAGACCAACGGCAACCUGGUCAUCUUUGAAACGGCGUUGUGAGCCGGGCGAGUCCAG